CGCAUAGCAUAUACCCCGCUCCCUUCCGUAUUUUAGGGUUUUUUUCCCUAGUUCGACAAAUACAGUCUCUAUCUCUGUCAUUUGGUUUGAGCUCGCCAUGUGAGGUUUUGUCCUUCGUCACCGCUUCCUUAUUUUUGACAGCCCAUUGACUGUUAACUCUCUGCUUUACUUCUAAACUCGUCUAAACUCACAUUUUCUUAUCUCUCUCUUUCGUCGUACUCUGGAACCGCCCAGCUUGAUCACCUGGACCUAAUCCGACCUCGACGAAAGCAAUCAAAAUGUCGUCGCACCGCUACAACCUCCGUAGUUGUCGUAUGACUCUGGUAUCUGCUAUGCCUGCGUCGGCCGUCAGUCCUUUGAUGACUUUAGGCAUGUCACCCUUCUCCUCUCCUCCUGCUCAUCAGGUUCCUCUGCCAGCCUCGCUCUCUGGGAGCUCUCAGACCUCUGAUGAGGAGUCUGGUAUACAGGCCUUUGAGGCUGUAAGCCAUAGCGAGAGCUGUCGUCAUCACUCUGAUGGGACCGAUAGGCCUCGCAGCAUCUCCUCGCAGGAGGUGCUUUCCGAUCUUGAUGCCGACCUUGCGGCUCAGGAGGAGAACACCGUGGACAUUGAUGAGUCCAUUGGUUAUACCCAGAAUUUUGUACCUAUGCAUAAUAGUGUAUAUUCUGGUACCUCGUAUACCUUUUCAUAUGAUGAGACGUCAUCUGUGGUUGAGGAUGAGGAAGAUGAAGAGGCAGUCCCUCAACCUCAUAGUAGGGCGGUCCUUCGCCAAAGCAAGAGCUUUGACUCCUUAAGGCACCGUUUUAAUGCAAUGGCAAGCAGGGAAUUGACUGCUGACGGAACAAGUUCAGGCAGUUCAGAUUGUGGAAGACCAUAUGACCACAAAAGAGAAAGAAGUUGUCUCUCGGAGAAAGGAGAGAGCACAGCAGGAUUGAGCUCGAGACCAUUCUGCAUUCCUUGUUCCUGGGCCAUCAUAUUUGGCCAAGGGGGAGUUUGUUGACCGAAACUUUGAGGUCAAUGAGGCUGAGCUGGAUAUCGAAGCUCAGAAAGCCACAUUUGAGUCUGGAAUGUGGUGGGAUAGCAA